AUGUCUACCAAAGGAAAAGCACCAGUCUGGUUCAUAACUGGCACUUCGUCUGGCCUCGGGCUUGCUUUGACUCGCUACGCCAUCGCCAAAGGCCAUAUUGUCAUCGCGUCAUCCCGCAAUCCAUCCAAAACGCCAGAUUUGGUGUCCGAAGUCGAAGGUAGCGGCGGGAAAUGGAUCACGCUCGACGCGACACGGUCAGAAGAAGAAAUCCAGAAGACAAUGCAAUUUGCAGAGUCCCUCUUCAGCGGCAUUGACGUACUCGUCAACAAUGCUGGCGUGAGCGUUCUGGGGGCUGUGGAGGAUAUCCCUGACGCCGAUACUGUGUUCCAGAUGCGGGUCAAUUUCCUCGGGCCAUUGAGAAUUAUGCAGGCUGUCCUUCCUGGGAUGAGAAAACGAAGAUCCGGAGUUAUCAUGAAUGUCUCCAGCACACAAGGCGUUGCUCCGGGUCUCGCCUGCGGUGUCUAUGCAGCAAGCAAGGCCGCCUUGGAAGCUGUAUCCGAGUCUUGUAGCCUAGAGGUUGCACAGUUUGGGAUCAGGGUUCUCAUAAUCGUCCCAGGUGCUUACAGAACGGAGUUUGGCAGUUCGAGUACUGGCAAACACAUUGAGCCAUCCGUGGAGUACGCGGGUGACCAUCCGGUUAAUCAAAUGCUUCAACUCAUUUCAACAUUGCCCAAGGUGGCAAUUGGAGACCCCAACAAAGCCGCUCAAGUGAUGUUUGAAGCUGCAACUGGAGAAGGCGAAGCUGGAGAGCUCGUUAAGAGAGAAAAGUUGUUGAGGGUCAUCAUCGGACCCGACUGCUGGAAAGGGGUUGACAAAAAGGUCAAUGAACUGCGAAGGACCACGGACCUCCUCGAAGGGGUCGCUGCAAGCACGAACUUGUAG